AAACCUCGACCACGGGUCGGUUCCCUCCACCCUGCCCUCCUGGACCCGAACCGACCCACGUGGCUCUCCAAGGUCUAAAGUCCCGACUCCCGAGAAGCGAACUCCGCCUCCUCUUGUCCCGCCGCCGACCGUCUCGCGGAGCGGCUCCGCCCGUCGUCGCCCGCCACCUAGAGUCGUGGUGGGAUGGCAAAGGUGUCUGCGCUCUGUCCUUCGCCAGGCUGCCACCAUAGUGGAGCAAAAUCGUGGACCAUGUUCGGUUCCAUAUAGCACCUGUACAAAGCCUUUUCCAUUACUGGGCCAAUGUAAACAUCUGUGGAGCAUAUCUGAUCUUUCUACCAGAAGAACCAUGCCUUUCUAUCAGUAUCUGCAACACUCGGGAAUAUUCAGUUCAAAGAACUUGUUGGCAGAAGAAGAUGCGAGCAUGGUGCCAAUUUCCUCCCCUCUGACUCCAAUCAUGGGAGAUGGUGGGAAAACAGAGAAAAAGAGUGCAGUCUCUAAACCCUUGAGGGUUCAAGCUGUUAAGAAGGAUAUCAGACAGAGUCCCAAGAAGGUCAAUCUGGUGGCCAAACUGGUUUUGGGAAUGCAAGUUGAAGAUGCACUUUUGCAGCUGCAAGUAACUGUAAAAAGAGCUGCAAAGACAGUCUAUCAGGUGCUCAACUCAGCCCGUGCCAAUGCAGCGCAUAACCAUGGGUUGGACCCUGAACGUCUCCUUGUUGAUGAAGCCUUUGUUGGAAAAGGGGUUUAUCUGAAGAGGCUGUCAUACCAUGCCAAGGGGAGGAGUGGGAUCAUGGUAAAGACCCAAAUGCCGGCUAACAGUGGUGGUGAGGGAGAUCACUCCUGAAGAGGAGGCAAAGAUCGCUAAGCUGAGGGUCAGCAACUUCAAGAAGUUGACGAGGCGGGAGAGGCAGCUUGUUCCUCAUCGGCUUAUCGAGACCACGCCAAGGUGGGGCCGGAAAGGGAAGGAGGCCAUGACAGCUUGAGCAACCCAUGGUGUUGACUUCUUUUAGUUUGCUUGUGAAAAGCAGCAGGCAUUACCUGUUUGGGUGGGACCACUGGAAGUUUUGAAAGGUUAACAGCAAACCUUUGUACAAGCAACUUGAAUUCAGUGAAAAAUUUGGGGUGCUUAUCAUACCAAAUUUUCUGCAUUACCAGUUCUUUAAGUCAGAAUAGAUUGAAGUCGAACUAUAUGACAUUUUGGCUUCAAUAUCUUUAUAGUGGAUGCCAUGAAUUUAUUGUUUCCACUGUAACUAUAUGUCUCAUCAUGUGUUGGAGACAAUGUUGUUGCACUGUUCUCUUAAUGCCAUUAACUCACUUGAUAA